GAGACUCAGGAGAAGAGAGAGAAACAGAAGAUGUCGCACAACGGGGGGAAUUCGACGUCGGCUAAUGAUCCGAGGCAGCCGUCAGCGGCGAAACCCUUUGUUUCACAGCCGGUGUCGCCGCAAGAUCUUCCCGUCGAUUACUCUGGUUUCAUCGCCGUCGUUUUUGGCGUCGCUGGCGUCCUGUUCAGAUACAAACUGAGCUCCUGGCUUGCUAUCAUAUUUUGCGCUCAGUCUCUGGCCAACAUGAGGAACCUUGAGAACGAUCUCAAGCAGAUCUCGAUGGCUAUGAUGUUUGCUAUCAUGGGAUUGGUAACAAAUUACUUGGGCCCUGCUCGACCAGGCAAACAAAGUUAAAGAUCUCAGAUCAUAAAGUUGAGAUUUUCUUACAGUAUGCUGGCUUUCUUUUUUAGAUUAAGAAUAACUGUUCUGUUUGGUUGUAUUCCUUUUUGUAUGGGGAAGGAUUUGGCUUCUCCUCACAUUAUUUCAAAGAAGUUCAUUUAAUCUGACUAAGAUGUUGCUUAUAUUAUGCAUCAUGAUCAUGAAAGUAGUGAAUUAACUGAAAGAUUAUCAAAUUGGCAUCACUAAUUGCAACAUUUGGUGGUGAAACAGCACGUUAAUAGCUGUGUUAUAACUUAUUUUAAUGGUAAUAAUUGAUGCAUAUUUUUAUUGUAGGGAUGAUACAUGAUUGCUCUGAAACUUUUUGUCAGAUGGUUGUUUUUUAAAAGGGAAGGUGGAUCAUGAAGGUCUCUGGGUUUAUCUGUUCGUCUUUGGGUUGACAAUGCUUUCAUGGAUCACAACAACCAGAGAUAAUGAGAAGGAAAUAUGUUUUUUUCAAAUGAAAAGGAAGUAUUUCAAAUCUAAAUUUGAAAGAGUAGUAUUUGUGAUCAUGAAGAAGGUCUCUGGAUUUAUCUGUUCGUCUUUGGGUUGGCAAUGCUUUCAUGGAUCACAACAACCAGAGAUAACGAGAAGGAAAUACGUUUCCUAAAAAUCAAAAGGAAGUAUUCCAAAUCUGAAUUUGAAAGAGAAAUAUUUGUUUCCUGUAGGAGAAUUCAAUGUCAAACCAAUAAAUCACCAUACACUGA